AAGAAGGAGGAUGCAGGAAAGGCGAGAGAAAGAGUGACGUGGACACACCCAAGAAAGCUUUGGACUCAGGACAGGACUAUCUUAGUAUAAGGGGGGACUUACAGGAAGAGAGAUUUAAAAUGAGAAGGAAGCAGGAAUACUUCCUUUCCCAGUGCAGGAGAUGCUGGAUCAUGGAUGGCUUCAGCCUUGAACUGCUGGCUUGGUGUUAGAAUUCUUAUGGUUGAGUCUGACUUGGUGGUAACCGUCUGUCCUCUUAGCAAAAAGAAAAAUGAUGUCAAAUAGAAAUAAUUUUGCCUACCAGAGUGUUGUGACAGAUUCAAGUAAGAUGAUGGAAGACUACAAGCAAAGCCAGGUGGAAUUACAAAAUACUAACUUAGGAAAGGAUUCAGUGGUGAAAUCCCUUGAAAAUGAUCUUCAGGAUCUAAUGGACAGACUCAACCAAAAAAAAUAUUCAUCAAGUCUGAAAUUCAAAACAAAUUGUGACAGCCCUGGUUCUUAUUUGACUCUUUCACAGUCUUUGCCACCUAAAUCCAGCCCAGCAUCUAGUGUAAAAAGUAUGCCAUCUCUCACCAAAAUUCAAGGAAGCAAGCCAAUGUCUUGUGAGGGCUCUUAUCUGUUAGACAAGACUGUCUCUGCAAAGCAUAUGGGCUCCAUUUCAGGCACAUCUCCAUCCUUAAGUGGGUACAGUCCUGUAAAAAGAGACUCUGAUAUUUAUCCCAAUAGAGAAAAUGAAAAAGAGUUUGGACAUCUGGAUAAGUGUCUGUAUUCAAAAUACAGCCAGAAAAAUAAAUCUCAUGAUAAUGUCUACUUCCCAGGAGCACUGGAAGGGCGGAAAAACUCUGGAUCUCUUAUUGCAAUAUGGAAUGGAAGCUCAGGGAGUGAGAUAAUCCUUUCACCAGUUGGCAGUUCUGGAGCUGCCAGCAUGCCCUCUAGUCCAAAGCAAGGCAGGAGGAUGAAUAUUCAGGAUAUCACAUCAUUUCGGCCCAGACAAGCUAAACAGAAGGACAUAACAGUAGAAACUCUGGGAUCUAGAACCAGAAAGUAUUCUGGUGGCUCACUGGGUCAUAUGGGAGUUUAUAGCCGCUCGUUACCCAGGCUGUACAAAUCGUCAGAAAGUCAGCUCGUGCCACUAAGCUUACCCCCAAGAAACUCUCUUGGAAAUUCCAGAAGAAAAAAAAUGAUUGAGAAAGAUCUACCUCAAAGCAUACUGGAUGCUGACAAUUACCUUAAUUUUUCUUCUUACACCUCAGGGGCUUUGCCAUUUACAAAUUUUGCAACUGAAACAAACUCCUAUGUGAAUUCAACUCUUAGCGUUCCUGCAAGCCCUCGUAUAGCUCGGAAAAUGCUUCUGGCCUCUUCUUCUUCAUGUGUGUCUGAUGACUUUGAUAGAGCUGCACUCUCAGGAAUGACCCCCAGUAAUUCUUUUUCUCCUGUGAAUUCUGAGAGAGCAUCUCCUCUCAUAAGGAAAGUUUCAAACAGUUCAAUGGAGUUUGAUGAAACAGAGCUGGAAAGCUUUAGGCAAACUCCAUCCAUACGAGAGAGAAAGAAUAGCAUUAGCUCACUUUCUGGAAGGGAUGAUCUAAUGGACUAUCACAGAAGGCAGCGGGAAGAAAGACUUAAAGAGCAGGAGAUGGAGCGGCUGGAGCGUCAACGGUUGGAGACCAUUCUUAACCUGUGUGCGGAAUAUUCUAAACGUGAUAGUGACUCUGUAACUGGAACAACUGUUGCUGAUGUUCAAAAAAUUAAUAAAGAACUUGAAAAGCUUCAGUUUUCUGAUGAAGAUUCUGUAUUUGAAGAUUCCCAGAUGACUCCAGAAACAAGAAUCAGAAACCAUUUGCAACUACCGGCAGGUGAUUCAGACUUCUUGGAAUUCGAUGAUCUUGGUCAUAACGUUAUGGGGUUCAUUUCCUCUAGAGGGAUCAGAAUGAAUAAACAUUUAAAUGAAAACAGGACAUCUUCACCAUUACCUCCUUGUGCCUUCCUGAAGAAUGUCAAUGAAUCUUCUUAUUUAAGCAUCGUGCCAAAGGAAGAUGAAAUCCAAGACUCAGUGUUGGUGUUAUCCAAGCAGGAUACUAGUGAAAAGGAGGCUUUCCUGCUAGGAUUACUAGAGACUACAGAAUGUGUAAGUGAUGAACAACGAGCACUGGAGCUUACUCAGAUGGAAGAACAGCGCAUUAUAAUACUGAAUAACUUGGAAGAAUUUGAACAAAAGAUCAAAGAUUUAAAUGAUCAGAUGGAUGAAUCCUCCAGAGAGAUGGAUAUGGAAUGUGCCUUAUUGGAUGGAGAGCAGAAAUCGGAAACAGCUGAACUUCUCAAGGAGAAGGAAAUACUGGAUCAUUUAAACAGGAAGAUAGCAGAACUGGAGAGAAAUGUUAUUGGUGAGAAGACCAAGGAAAAAAUAAAGCUUGAUGCUGAAAGGGAAAAACUAGAAAAGCUUCAGGAGCUUUACUCCGAGCAGAAGACCCAGCUUGAUAAUUGCCCUGAGUCCAUGAGGGAACAAUUGCAACAGCAACUAAACAGGGAUGCUGAUCUGUUGGAGGUAGAAAGCAAACACUUUGAAGAUCUGGAAUUUCAGCAGCUUGAACAUGAAAGCAGGCUAGAUGAAGAGAAAGAGAAUUUAACGCAGCAGCUCCUGCGUGAAGUAGCUGAAUAUCAACGCAGCAUUGUCAGUAGAAAGGAGAAAAUCUCUGCUCUCAAAAAGCAAGCCAAUCAUAUUGUCCAGCAAGCUCAACGAGAACAAGAUCAUUUUGUCAAAGAGAAAAAUAACCUUCUAAUGAUGCUGCAAAGGGAAAAAGAAAACCUUUGCAAUCUAGAAAAGAAAUACUCAUCAGUUUCAGGAGGAAAAGGGUUCCCAAUAAGUCCCAGCAGUUUAAAAGAGCUAAGAUCAUCUGACUGUUCUGGAUUUGUCCUUCCUCACUCCCUUUCUCCUCGCCCUCUUGCACAACUUUCACCAGUCCACUGGUCUGAGGUCAGGGCUACAAAUGUAGAACCUUUUCCUUUACCUGACACACCACCACCUCUUCCAGCUAAGAAACACCGAAGGCAACCACAGCACUUCCGAAAUCAGGAAGAGAGAAAGAAGCAGCACAAAGAAGGCAUGUACAUGAGUGAUACUUUGCCACGUAAGAAAACCGCCUCCUCAGUAUCAUCCCAUUUCAGCAGUUCUACUCUUGGACGAAGUGUUAAGGGUCACUUGCCACUUGGGCAGAGCAAUAGCUGUGGCAGUGUUCUUUCCCAUUGUUUGACCAAAGAGCCUGAGUCAAGGAGGAUGCAUAAAGGAUAUAAUCACCAAAAUAUAUGUGAAGAUGAAAGCCAGAAAUCUCCUGAGUUCUACAGCAGAACAGCCUCAGAGUCUAAUGUGUAUCUGAACACCUUCCAUUAUCCUGAUCAUAAUUACAAGGACCAUGCAUUUGAUACUCUAAGCUUAGACAGUUCUGACAGUAUGGAAACCAGCAUAUCUGCCUGCUCCCCAGAUAAUAUUUCCAGUGCCAGUACUUCAAAUGUUGCAAGAAUAGAAGAAAUGGAAAGACUUUUGAAACAAGCUCAUGCUGAAAAAACACGAUUGCUUGAAUCAAGGGAACGAGAAAUGGAAGCUAAGAAAAGAGCAUUAGAAGAAGAAAAGCGUCGCAGAGAGCAGUUAGAGAAAAGGUUGCAAGAAGAAACUAGCCAGCGACAAAAAUUAAUUGAAAAAGAAGUAAAGAUACGAGAGAAGCAAAGGUCACAGUCUCGUCCAUUGACUCGUUAUUUGCCGGUGAGAAAGGAAGAUUUUGAUCUACGAGGCCAUAUAGAGACAGCUGGUCACAACAUAGAGACUUGUUACCAUGUCUUGCUUACUGAAAAGACCUGCCGAGGCUUUCUUAUUAAAAUGGGUGGGAAAAUUAAAACAUGGAAAAAACGGUGGUUUGUCUUUGACAGAAAUAAGAGAACAUUUUCUUACUAUGCAGAUAAACAUGAAACUAAAUUAAAAGGAGUAAUUUAUUUCCAAGCCAUUGAAGAAGUCUAUUAUGAUCAUUUAAAGAAUGCCUACAAGAGUCCUAACCCAUUGCUUACUUUCAGUGUUAAGACACAUGACAGAAUAUAUUACAUGGUGGCUCCAACACCAGAAGCUAUGCGGAUAUGGAUGGAUGUGAUAGUUACAGGAGCAGAAGGCUAUACCCACUUCAUGUUAUAGUAAAAUUGGCUAAAGGUCCAUUGACAGGGCAUAAUGCAAUAAUAACCUCAGAUCUGAGAAAGAAAAGCCAUAUCUAGUCACAUUUGACAAAGCCACAUAAGAUAAGAACUCACAGGUGAUCUCCCUUUAUUUUCCAAAAUAAAACACACGCUGUGUAUGGGAGCAUUCAUUGAGAUUUGUUAAUCACUGUUCAAGCAGAAGAAAAGCUGCUUAAAACACUGCAGUGCUCCCAAAUGGAUAAUCAGAACAUCAUAUAUCUGGUUCACAGAUUAUAUGGUAAUUUCUUACAAAUUCUAUCAUGCAGGAUUUACCUUAUAAAAGUAAACUUUAUAGUGAAAAAACUGAUACAGCACGUCACUAAUAAAUGGAAGGAAAAAGUGGCAAUGCUUUUUAUUGCACUGAGUUGCUGUACAGUUUUAAAGUUAUUUUCCUUACAGGUGUAGUAUAAUAAAUUUUAAAAUUACAGUGCAUGAAAUUUUUGUGUUGGUUCACCUCAGAUCCAAAGAUACACAAUGUAAAAUGAGAUUUAGAUGUAUGUAAUAGAAAAGUGUUAAAACUGUUUGUAAAUGUUAAUGAGCAUUGAAAACUAUUAUUUUGAAAGUUCAGGACAGAUGCUACAGGCAUGAUGCUAGCUUCAAAUGUAAACACUUUUUUCAAGUAACAUCCUAAUUUUAGGAAGUUCAGAGGAUAAUAUCUUCCAUUUGCUUUGCACCCUUAACUAACAGCCUGGAAAUCUGUGGAAAUUAAUGUUUCCCACCUACAACAAAUUCUUUAUAAUUCACAGAAUGGUUUCUUUUUUUCAAUUGCAGCAAGUCAGAAUCUGCAGUCUAGAAACCACAGUCAUGUUUUAAGUCUUGACAAUUUCACCAUACCAAAAGACUUACAUUUCCACAAAAUACCAGGUAAAAAUUAAAAUUAGACAAAGCUUAAUUUGGAGCAUCAUACAGAAUUUAUAGCUUUAGUACAAUACCCUAUAAUCUGUUAAAAAUAUUUAAAAACUCAAGCUUUCCACACAAGGGCUAUGAAAUUUUAGGUACUCUUUUGUGUACUCUCCCAGGGUCAGCUGACAUAAAACUGUAAAUUGGGGUGAUCUCUGUGAGUGCCGGGAUGAGUAGUCAUCAGCAAUAGCCUCCGAAUCUGCUAAGAAUUAUCCAGAAGGGUGGGAGCAUUUCUCUCUUGAAGCUAGCCAUUUUAUUCCACCGUUCCUCUAAGGCAACAUUCAUGGCUCUCUCUCAUAAGACUGCCAGGUCCUCCGGGGCCCAAACCAGGAGAUGGGGGGCAAUCGUGGGGCGGGGGCGCGCUGUACGGUUCAAGCCUUCACUUCCUACUUGGGUGCUGAAAACAGCCACUCCAGCAGUCAGGUAAGGUUAGAGAUUGAUCCUUUACUUAAGUUGGGUUGAGAGUUCUGCUUUCACUGAGACCCUGAUUUUCCAAACCCUGGGUUCAUCUUAGGGGCAUACUCGCAUCUUAGUAAAUCCAGACACUACUUGAAUAAUAUAUAUUUUUAUUAGUUUUUAGAGAGUGUGGCAAAGCAUGAAAGCUCUCAAACAAAACGGAACAGAUACAAAACAAAUAAUUUGGUGCAGCAUGGAGGCUUGCCAACAUGAAGAAUAGAGAGUGGUAGGUAGGUAGGUGUCUAACAUACACUUAUAAGCCUUCUUUUCUAAUCCUCAGCACAUCACCAAGCGACAAGGGAGCCAAUCAAGGCAAAGCAACUAAUUGGCAUUACUACUAUGAGAACACAUCCAGGGAGGACAGAUAGUACUCUCGGAGACUGGUCUUCAAGGCCGUUUCAGUAGGGACUCAGAGACUGCUUGCAGGUGUUGUUGAUUAGUUGAGCCAGCAUAUUUCAGCUAGGCCUGGGCCUGCAAACACUCAGUACACUGAACUACACUGAACCAAUGUUCAGCCAUCCUUGCUGGAAUCCUAUGUGUUAGGUCCAACUUCCACUCACAUCCGUGUUCCAGAGGACUUCCUUGUUGUGCUAGGAACGACAUCAUUCCUGGUAUGACGAAGUAAAGUCCCCCAUGCGGGGCUGAUUUAAUAAAAUUCAAACCAAACAAUUAUUUUUCAUCAAUGAUUUUCACUUCCUUGUUGUGCCAGGAAGGUCCUAGGGUUCCUAGGGUUGCCAGCCUCCAGGUGGUGUCUGGAGAUCUACUGGAAUUACAAUUGAUCUCCAGGUGACAAAGAUCAGUUCUUCUGGAUAAAAUGGCUGCUUUGGAGGGUGCACUCUGUGGAAUUAUUUUGUAAACAAAAUAGUUGCUGCUAGUUCCCUGUCUUUCUUUGUUUUUUUCACUCCUGAUUCCAUCUCCAGGGCCACUAACAAACAUUAGUUAUGUCCUCUGUUACCAUGUGCAUAUACAUCUUCAAUCAAAAUAAAUGAAUUUUCCGUAAAUGUACCUGAAGAAGCUUUGUACUGAAAGAAACAUACCAAAAAUGUAAAAAAUAAUAUAUUGCCUACUUUCCCCCUUAGCUAAGUAUGGUGAAUAAAACAUACUAAUACUGAAGAAAUUAUAUGGCCAAUGGUUGACUAUGACCCAGGGGAUCAGUUACAAUUUUUGGUGGGCCAGAAAUGACUUUCUAGCACGAGCCCAAGAAAGUCUGAACUCUAUAUAUUCAUGUACUCAUGGGAUUACCAGACCUCUCUUUUAGAGAUUAUAUAUUCCUUAAAGAUCUUUUCUAUACCUUUUUAGUCUUGAAAUGAUUGACUGAAUUUUGAACUUCAAGUCUGUGUGUAAUGUUCUUUUAAAUUGACUUUAUGUGCCAUGUUUUCAAUGCAAUAAUAUAAAAUUGUUUUUUUUAUGUUUAAACAGAUUAUAAAUAAUAAAUCACACUUGUAGAAACCAUUGCCACGAAAAGAUGAAUUGUGUAAGAUAUGGUGUACCCAAGUAACAUGAUUACAGUAGUUAAAAUGCCACAAUCCUAAACACGUUUACUUGAAAGUAAAUUGCACUGAAGUUUACUUCCAAGUUAACCAUUCUUAGAAUCAUCGUUUAAGGCAAUAUUCCCUUCAUUUCAUUGAGACUUCUUUGGAGUAAAUGUCUUGAGGAAUGUAUUACAAAUUAUAUUCACAAGAUAGAAAGUAAUUGUGAAUGAUAACACAAGGAAUUGUUACUGCAAAGCCUAGCCUGUAUGCUUAAAAGAAGAUCUAAUGAACAAUAUUUGCAGUGUUCAAAGAUAAAUUCCAGAAACAAAUGGUAUUGGUUUAUAGAAUUUCUAUCAUGUAUUGUGAUUUUCCUUCUUCAUAUAAUUUUACAAGUUUUCUAAAUUUUUGUAUCUUGCAUGUUGUAGUAAUGUUUAAAUAAAUGUUCAAAAAUAUA